AUUUUAAAUAAAAUAAUCUCUAUGGGAAACAUCAUUCAAAAUGAUCAAUUCAAAAAAGGACUCUAGGAAUUGCUUUAAAACAAGAAGUUCAAGAGAACUCUCAAAAUUAUUUACAAGGAAAACAAAAACCAAAUAUUAAGUGUGCAAUCAUGCCAAAUAUUUGACAACGAAUUCUCUAUUGAACAACGUUUGGAGCAGAGAAAAGGAAUGCAUUUCAUUUUCGAACACAAUUGCAAAAUCCUCUUGGAUGUUACAGAAAGACAAAGAUAUUUUGAUUCUUGCACUAUAUGCAAUAAAAAGUUAAAAUUUGAUCGUAAUCUGAAUUUUUGUUCCAUUUGCAAAUAAGAAACCACAUUUCAACUUGCUUACUGUCUUGCGGUUAAAAUCAUAGAUCAGAUUUCGGAAGAUAAUUAAGCUACUUAUAGAGCAAUCAUGUUUGAAGAAGCAGCCAAAUAUUUGGGUAUCGAUGCUUAUUAUACUUUUAGGUAUUUCAGCUAAAGAUUUCUCCAAUAUGAGUCUAGACUCUCAAAACAAUUAUUUCAUAAACAUAAAUGAACAGAAAUCCCACAUUGUACACUCACUUACAUUGGAAUCCAAUCCAAAUAAAAAAAAUUUAGUCAUUCAGAGAAUUUUAGCUUGAACAAAUCUAAUGAUGAUGGAUCUACC